AUGCUCCCACACUCUCACACACCCUACAAUUCCACGCCACAUCCAGAAACCAUCAGAGCCUCUGGACGCCACCAUGAAGCUCGCCAUCACAGUCUUUCUUGUCAUGCUGUCUGUCUGCUGCAGCUCGGCUUCUUCAGACACCUGCCCAGGAUUUUUUCAAGUCCUCGAGUACCUCUUCGUGGGCUCAGAGUCCACGUACGAGGCAGCCCUGAAGUUUUACAACCCUGGCUCAGAGCUGCAAAAUUCAGGGGUGCAGCUGAAGAAGCUGGUGGACACCCUCCCCGAGAAGACCAGAGUCAACAUCGUGAAGCUCUCGGAGAUAAUCCUAACAAGCAACCUGUGCAAUCAAGACCCAAGCUUCUAAGGCGCACCAGACUUGGAAGAUAGCCCCUGCUAAGAGCCCUGCCGUUGCCCUGUGCCCCCUGACCUCCCGCACCAGCCCUGCCUCCCUCUCCGCAAUAAACUGCAAGCAUCUCA